AUGUCAUCAAUUCUCCGCCAGAUAGUUGCAGGUCCAAGACAACACCACCCAGAAGCAGGGCUAGAUCUCUGUUACGUGACAGACAAUGUCAUCGCAACCUCCGGUCCAUCAUCAACAUACCCAAAGCGCGCCUACCGCAACCCACUAGACGCACUAGUCAACUUCCUUGACACGAAACAUGGCAAAGAAUGGUGUAUCUGGGAGUUCCGCGCCGAAGGUACAGGAUACCCCGACUCAGAAGUCUACGGACGAAUCCACCACUUCCCCUGGCCAGACCACCACCCACCGCCAUUCGCGUAUGUCCCCGUCAUAAUGGGAAGCAUGCGGAACUGGCUACAGCGGCUAGACGAGGGCAAGGAGUCGCCAGACACAGACAAAAACGAACGGGUCGCCGUCGUGCACUGCAAAGCAGGCAAAGGGCGUAGCGGGACGAUCGCGUGUGCAUAUCUGAUUAGUCAGGAAGGGUGGAAGAAGGAAGACGCGCUGCAGCGGUUUACGGAUCGACGCAUGCGGGUCGGUUUCGGGAGCGGCGUUAGCAUCCCCAGCCAGCUGCGGUAUGUCGGGUAUGUCGAUAAGUGGGCGAAUGAGCUGGGGAAGCAGUAUGUCGAGCGGCCGGUGGAGAUCCUGGAGGUGCAUAUAUGGGGCUUGAAAGAUGGGGUUAAGGUUGCCGUGGAGGGCUAUGUGGACGGGGGGAAGAAGAUUAAGUGUUUUCAUCUGUUCCAUCGGAACGAGCGUACCGUCGUUGAAGACGGGGGCUCGACGUCUGAGGAACAAGAGGCUACCAAGCCAGAUCCUAACUCGGACUCCAGGAUCAAGAAUCCAAUUCCCUCGCCUGCGACUUCGUCCCCGACGGUAUCGGGAUCUGAUAUCUCCGGCUUAUCGUCGCAGGACCACAGUAUCUCAGCAAUUCUCUACAAACCCCACAAGCCACUCAUUGUCCCUAGCUCGGAUGUGAAUAUCGACUUCGAGCGUCGCAGCAAAGCAUCCUAUACCGGCUUCGCUAUGGUAACCUCCAUCGCACACGUAUGGUUCAACCCAUAUUUCGAAGGCGGCGCCGAACACGACUCGGGCGUCUUCGAGACAGAAUGGGAGGCGAUGGAUGGGAUCAAGGGGAGUGCGAGGAAGGGGAUCCGGGCGUUAGACAAGCUGAAAGUUGUAUGGCGGUAUCCCGCGACGGAGACGGUGGAAGCCAGCGCAGCUAUCAAGAGCGAAGGGAAAGGGAAAAAGACCGAAGAUAGCGCGCCGGUAGCGAUCAGCGAGCCCAAACCUGGUGAUUCCAUCCAUGAACGCGAGCCGGCUGACUGGCGCGGAAUGCCGCACGGGGAUAAGAAGGAGAACCAGCCUCCUUCUGAGACUUCGUCGCAGAAAAGUACUGCUACAAGUAUCUCGGACAAGACUAAGAAGCUGGGACAUACGCUAGAGAAGGAACUUGGACUGCGGAAGCAGACGGGUGACAGUCAGGAUGUUAGUCUUGCUGGGAGUGACGAUGAGAUGACUACUGAUGAGGGCCGGAAGGCCAAAAUCAAGAGCGUGCAUAGUGAAGAGCUUGAGGGAGUGAAGACGAAUUUUGAGAAGAAUGGUGCUGCAACAGGAUAA